CGAGUUUCGUUAUUGAAAUAAUUCAAACACCUAUCGCAAAUGUAUUUCUUGUGAUUAUAUUUACUGAGCUGUGAGGAAACUAAUCGAGACAAAUUUUUAAUGUAACAAUAGUGAUAUUUUAUUUCUUCAUGAUCAUUAUCUUGCGGAUCAGGAUCAAAAUCAUUAACUUUUGGAUAAUAUUUAUUUUCUAUUAACAACAAAUUUGAAUGUUUUUCGCGUGUUUCUUUAGUUAAUCGUGCAGGUAGCACGGAAUAAAAACUAGUUUUUUCAUUUUUAUUGAACUCUAAGAUAUAAACAUUGAUGGAAAUAUCAUUGUCUUUUUCAAAUUUGCUAAUUUUAUUCAUUUCCAUAGGUGUUUGUAAAUUUUCAGUUUUCAAAACACUUUUGUAGUAUGGAUAUGAGGAGGGUAAAUACUGACGAAAACGUGCUGGAAAGAGUCCGCAUACAACUGACCAAAAAAACACGCUUGAUCGUCAUUUCUAAUAUUAAUACAAGCCCUUUUAUUUGCAAUUUCUUUAGGCAACUCAACGAAGGAUGAUCCGUUACCCAUUUCAAAUUUAUUAAUGUUAAUCUCUAAAUAAAUAAUAUUAUUUAAAGCCCACCCGGAAUCACGUUCCUGAAACUCUGACAUUUGAUUUAAAAUUUUAUCUUGCACAUUUUCAACAAACCAAUCAUUCAAUUCUGUUCCUAAAUCAACUACAGCAUUUCCGGUACUCAGAUAUUUAACAUCAACUUCGCCUUGGACAUCAUUUUUUGUCUUAAUAAAUUCACCGCAAAAUGUGGUAUUUACUUUCAGCAAUAAAAAUUUCUUUAAAAUUUGACUAAUUUUUUGUUGAAAUAUUGGACGACAAUCGUUUAAAAAUUGAAUUAAAUCUUUAUGAAGUAAAUUAAUUAUGACACCGGUCUGAACUCUUCCCUGGAAACACGACGCUACCGAUUCCCAUACAACCAUUUCAUUUGUGUUUGUCUCGCGGCUACUACUUUGUAAUCCCAAUCCAAAAUGCUUAUGUUGAUAAUUAAGAAUAAUUUUUCUAAUAGCUUUCAGAUGUUGAAUUGUAGUUUGUAAUUUUCUUUUUAACCCAAUAGAUAAAUCCUUUUCGUUAGAAACGAUUUGGUUGCAAGAUUCAAUAUUUUUAUUUAGUCUCCUAAGCCACACAUCACUAUCUCUAAGAGUGAACUUGUCGGAAAUAUGCUUUUUUAAUUUUUGUAAGGUUAAAAUUAAGAUUUGCGCUCUAUGAAUGAUCUGCUUUACGCGCAUCGUGGUUUAUUAAAUAUAUAACAGUAAAUAAGACUUACCCUGUAUAAUAUGUUGAUUAAUUUUGAAUUAUUUUGAAUUUCUUUAAAGAGUUGGGCUUUCCAAUAUCUUUGGAUCCCUCGUAGACCAGUUUGUACUGCCCCGACGCAAAGUGUUCUAGUCUCGGACGGAAAGCUUCUGUCACGCGAGUAGGAAGAAACACUACGGAAUUUUCUAAUUGCAGCAACACGGAAUUGCCAAAUUUUGUAUUAACAAUUUUGGCUCUAGUAAUUUUAAACGGAACGCCUAUCGGCAAUUCAUGCAGUUUGACAAUCGGCUGCUCAAAAUCACCUUCUGCAAGACAGGUUUGAUUCAGUUGACUUAACUCUAUCUAUAAAUUAUUAUUAAUUAUUUUAUCUCAAAAUAAAAAAAAUAAAAAAAACUUACGCUUAAGAUUGCUGCUAUUCUAUUUGCGGUUACGGGUUGAGAGUACUAAGAUGAUCUUUAAGACCUUUAUAAAAUAAUAACAAAUGUUAAAGAAUUAAAAUAAAACAAUAAAAAAGGUACUUACUGCUUUUUUGUACUAACACCAAACCACUAAGUUAGCUUCCACGUUGCACGAAUAAUACCAAAAACAACUACUGACAAAAUAGAGAAAAAUGAGAUGUAUUUAUACGGUGCGAGAAUACUUUCUAAAAGUUAACAAACGAAGACACCUCCACAUGCGUUGCAACAAAUUUUUCCCAUUACGUUAAUCCCACGGAGCAAAUAUAAACGGGCAAUUAAUUAUUAUUCUUAACAAGCAAAACAACUUGACAUUUAGACUCGGCGCGUUUUGAAAUUCCACAUCCCAUACGGAGAUUGUAAAAAAUGAAAGCAAGUUGGCCUUGAUCUUUUGCGGCAACAUACGUUCGUCCAACGUCCGAAGCGGUUGCGUUCCCGUGUGAAAGCGUGUUGACCCUGAGACUCCUACCUGCACGGUUGUCUGGCGACAACAUCGCGUCUAUUCAAAUCGGCAUUGGUGCUUGUGGGUAGGAGACAUUUCGACUUUUAAUUCAACCAUGGAAGGGAGUGCAUGUGUAUAAAUACGUUGCAGGUGUAUUAUAGACUAUAUUCAGUGCAAUGAAUACAGAAGUGCGAUGUCCAUUUCCCUACGACCCUACAACUGAAAAAAUCGCGGUUUGUCCGUAUGACAAGUCGCAUAUUAUGUUGGCGCAUCGCUUAGGGCGUCACAUAUUCAAAUCACACAAAGAGUACCGGGGAUUAGAAUUCCCGGUACGACAUGAAACGACAAGGGAACAUCACCAGCAGCAGGAGGAACCCGGUGGAUCAAAAGAAACAAAGGAGCAGCAGGAGUACCCGGGUGGGUGGUCGACGGAGUGGGACGGCGAGGAGUGCACUUCGUAUUUAGAUUUCCUCCCGGGAACGGGAAGAAGAACAACGCAAGGAACAGGAACAAUGGGAUGGUCGACUGAAUCGACAUAAAAAGAAGAAGAAACUCCUCGCCAGACCAAUUUUAUAAAUAAAAUAAAAUAAAAUAUAUGAAAAUUCAAGUUUAUUUAAUUAUCCUCCCGAUCCACCGCGUCACCGCGCCGCACCGUCACCGCCCUCUACCGGGGGAGCCUACGAUGGUCGGAGCGCGCGACAUCUAGCAGCGACGGGCG